AUGGAUCCUUCCUUGUAUGAGGCAGCAAGAUCAGGUGACGUUGGUUUCUUGAGAAAAAUUAAAGAUGCUGACGUACCAGAUGAUCUUCUCCAUCAGAAAACGCCUAUGGACAAUAAUAUACUUCACAUUGCCGCUGAGUUCAAGCACAUAGACUUCUUUAUCUCCACCAUGAUUCCUGCGGGGGCUAGGCGGGCUAGGCGGGGGCUAGGCGGGGGCUAG